AUGACCUUCCUUUGUGACUUGUUUCUCUUUCGGCAGGAUUUUACCAACAAGCAGUGGGGUAACACUGGAGUGAAGGCAUCGGGUUACUUCGCAAAGGCGUUCAACUUCACUGUAGUUCGCGUGCCCUCGAAUUUCCUCGUCGCGUCGCAACCAAUCGGCGAGGUAUCGAGCGCAGGGGUGUGGCAAGUGGAAUUAGACAAAGUGGACGACAACUGGGCCAAGCUCUUGUCCUUCACCCACUACGCGCUCUUCAGCUCCGGUCACUGGUUCAGCCAGGCGUCCGACAACCUCCGGAAAUACCGCCGCGGAGGGCAGCCGAUCAAGCCGCAAUCCGCGCUGCUAACCAUGCAAGAGUCGCUCGUUACAGUCACGCGGUUCGUGAAGGCGUCUGGUUACCGCGGCACGCCGUUCUUCAUCACGUUCACGGCCUUCCACUACUACAACUCGUUUGACGCCAAGUCGCAGAGCUGCGUGGGGUUCACCGACCCCUUAAAGCCCAAGCAGCUGCAAUACGCCGAAGCCGCGACCGAUAUCAUCACGUCACGGAAUGCACAGGUGGCG